AUAAAGUUCACUGCAGUCACUCUCUUUGCCGGCCUUGCCUCUGCCCAGCAAGCCGUCGCCCUCUUCAAUGCUCUUGAGAGCGCGGUCAACGACCAAGUAUUCAUCGAUCGACUCACUGUCGUCGACUGCGUUGCUAAAGAAUGGGUCACUGGCGACUGGUUCCUCUGCUCCUCUGCAGCCUGGGCUCUCCAGAUUAACGACGACCAAGGCAUUUCUAUCAAGAUCAACCACAUUCCUGCUUUUAAAACAUACUGCGGCGAUGGUAUGAUUCCGUUCACUGGUGCCAUUCCUGUUUACCAGAUUCAGGAUGGCAACAUCACUGUCACCCUCAAG